AUGGCUGCUCCUCCUGCUAGGGCUCGGGCGGACUACGACUACCUCAUAAAGCUCCUUCUCAUCGGCGACAGCGGUGAGUGAUGCACGGUCUAUGCUCGCCUUUGGUCCCAAUUCCUGGCGGGGACUUUUGUUUGUCGGUGUUGAUUGCGCAUUGUUUCUUGGAGAUGGAGCUCUUCGUGCUCGCUCCUCGUCCGCCUGUCUAUGUGGGCACCGUGCGAAAUCGAUAUCCCGAGGUUUUCACUCGUCGGUCUUAUUCGCGCGUCGUUGUUACUAUUGGAGGUGUUGAUCGGGUGGGAUCGUGAAUUUACCCCACUCGAGGCUCGUAUCGUCUUCGUUCUCAUAUGCUUGGUUUGAUUAGAAUCCCCUCGUCUGAUUCUGCGUUUACAUUCUCUUACGUCUGCUUACUCUUGAGAGGGGCAUCCGAUUAAGUAGGAUAUGACGUGCCCAUUUGGGAUAGGGGCGCUUACCUUCACUCAUCUGUUCGCAAACUAGGUUUUCCAAAAAUUUAUGCCUGGCUUCCGUGGUGAUGAUGGUCGUAUCUAGGAUUAUUAAUGAUUCAAUUACGCGUGAAAAUAAUCCCGGGCUCGGGUCUCAUUCUACGAUGUUUAAUACCAUUAAUAAUUUUACGAUAUUUAAUAAUUGGCAAGGUUUAUAUUUUGUUCGUGAGUCAUGUCUAAUUAAGGCUUAUAUACCAUACCCUAAGUUCCCUGAAGGAUGGUUACCAUCAAACAUUUUGUCCGUGGAGAAUGGUUGACAAUCCAAAAGGUUGGGUGCUCUAUCCAACGGUCAUAUUCCGAGUGACAGUAAUUCAGCUCUUUUAAGUUUCGACAGCUUCUAGUUUCAUUUUCUUUUUGCUUCCAAUUAACAUAUGCCGGAUGCUGUACUAUAAAAUUGUUUGAUCUUGGAACCAUUAGCAUAUUCUUAUAUUACUCUAGGAAUUGCCUAUACUGACUGGUCGUCCAUUUGUUAAAAUGACUGGGGUUUUCGGAAGGCCUGGUGUUCAGGUGCCUAGGCAAGCAAUCUUGUCAGAUGCUUGUCUCAAUCAACAUCGUCGCCUGGUAGCCUUGGUUGUCAUCUUUUCAAUCAUUUUGGGCACUUAUCCGAGAGAAACAAGCACUUUUAUACUAUCAUUAAAAAAUGCAUUCAGUUUUUUUUUUUGGCCAUCAAUUGUUGAUGAUAAUCACCAAUGUUUACAGGUUUGGCUUCUUGUGGAGUAAAUUUAUAUAUAUAUAUAUAUAUAUAUAUAUUGUUUCAGAAGAAGAAAAAAAAGAUAGAUAUGGAGUAUUUUCAGUAGUGAGAGAAGUUGACAUUUUCUCCUCUAUCCAAUGGUUGUACCUUUCAGUUAUGUACAUGUGGUUCAGUGAUUUACCCUGUCGCGUUUCCAAUUUCUAGAUUUAAUAAUAAGCUGUGGCUUAUCUUGAUUUGGCUACAGAAGUGAGGAAAUAGACGGUAAAAACAUUUGGCAUUAGCCAUUUAUCUUCUUGCUCCAAGUUAGGGAAUAGUUCUGGCGUCUAUAUCUUGAAACAUUUUGAACGGUGAUAGUGUAGACUGUAACCCAAGCAACUAUUUAAUUCUUCUUCAGUUUGGACUGGAUUGAAAUUGUUAUUGGGGACAAUUGGUCAGGUUUACUGCAGCAACACUGAGCCAGUUGCACGGCUUUAACCUGCUUGUGAUAGCUUGGUUAGGAGUGAAACGAGAUCGUUAAUUUAUCACAGAAAGAUGGGUCAAAAGUGUUAAGAAAAUCAGGUUGGCUAAAUGGUGAUUAGUUUUCAAAUAGUUGAGUAGGCAUGUCGUUUAAUCACAUUAGUUUUCUAUCUCUUCAAAGUGAGGUCAUUGUAACGAAGUUAGGCAAGAAAGCAGCGGGAUCGUGGUGAAGAGAAUGGGGAAAGAAGAAUGGUAUACGUGUAAUGGUGUUUAGUAUGUUUGGGGAGCUCUGCAAAGAAUACCACCUUUGUUUUGAAUUCUAGAACAAGAGGACAAAAAUGGCCCCUCCUACAAAGAAUAAGGUAUCUCCGUCAUUGAAAUAAAAAAGUAACAAAUUAUAGCUGCUAGUGACGGUAACGGUGUUCAUUGGAAACUGGCAGCACGUGUGGAGUAUAUUUUGCGCAUACCAUACUUCUUUUAGCUUUUGUUGAAUGAUGAAAAUAGAGAUAUGAUUAUCAGGGAGUAAAUUUAUGUGUAAUUGAGCUCAAUUUUCUCUCUACAAUAUCCUUACUGGUUGCCUUCGCUUUCUGAUUGUGUCACAUCUCAGUCUCCCUUUUUUAUAUUAUCUGUGAUUUCCUCUCUUCGUAAUUUUUAGUUUUUAUUUCCUAGAAAUGAUGUUUCAACCAAAUAGGUGGUGAAGAAUUUCUUGUGCUGAUUGCAUGGUAUCUUUGUGCUGUGCAAAUAUCUAUGCACGGCAGGACAUGUAAACGAAUCGAAUCCACGAAUGCUGAGUGAGCAUUGUUUUGUAUUACCAUGUUGCUAGAAAGAAGCAGUGGCAGCAUAUUGGUCAGUGAUUACUAGCCAACCCCUCAACCACUCUAGACGUGAGCUGAAACAUGGAUGUGAAUCAGAGAUGGGAAUCAUAUGGUUUAAGACGUAUGUAACUAUAGGCUUCUUUAUUUAUUCAUGAGUUUUAUGUUGCAGGUGUCGGAAAAAGUUGUCUGCUUCUGCGCUUCUCUGAUGGGAGUUUCACAACCAGUUUCAUCACUACCAUUGGGUUUGUCUUCCAACCGGCGUACAGAUAAUUUUUGUAUCUCCACAAUAUGAUCUUAUAUAGUUCGCAGUUCUAAUGUGCCAUUUUGAAGACCAUAUGGGCAUAGAUUCUAAGACCAAUACGUUGCAGCAUUGAUUUUAAGAUAAGGACCAUAGAGUUAGAUGGCAAGCGGAUCAAGCUCCAGAUUUGGGAUACCGCUGGCCAGGAACGGUUCAGAACAAUCACCACUGGUGUGCUCUUCUUACCCAUCCUUGUGCUAAUUUUGUCUUUUUUUCAUGUUUUCCUCUUUUUUUUUUUAAAGUUCUUCGUGGAAGGCGUCUCAGUGGUAUUCUCUCUCUUCACUGAAUCCUGUGUCUUCUCCACAGCUUAUUAUCGAGGUGCAAUGGGCAUUUUGCUGGUCUAUGAUGUUACCGACGAGUCAUCAUUCAACAGUAAGUCCCUCUGCUACUCCCUGUGCAUGCGCCUUCUCUCUCUCUCUCUCUCUCUCUCUCUCUCUCACUACCCAUCGUCCCCAAUCUCCCAAUAUUGAGCAGAUAUAAGGAAUUGGAUCCAGAACAUUGAGCAGCAUGCUUCGGACAAUGUCAACAAGAUUCUGGUGGGAAACAAGGCGGACAUGGAUGAAAGCAAGAGGGUAAGCCCCAGGGGCUCUGACCCUUGCAACUGAUGAUUCUUACACCUCCUACAAUAUAACCCUAAGAGAGACCCACCUCUCCAGGCUGUGCCGACCUCAAGGGGACAGGCCCUCGCUGACGAAUAUGGCAUCAAGUUCUUCGAGACUGUGAGUUGUGCCAUUGCUAUAUCUGGUUAAAAAUUUGUGGCCAAGCUGCUGGUUUUGUGGGGGUCAUCUGUCUGAAAAUUAUCUUCUCCAGAGUGCCAAGACGAAUCUCAAUGUGGAGCAUGUCUUCUUUUCAAUAGCCAGAGAUAUCAAGCAAAGGCUCGCCGACACCGACGCCAAGCCUGAGGUGGGUUGCCCCAUUAGUUGACCAGCAGAACCAUCAAAGAUCAUCAAAACUAACUCCUGCAGAUUAUGCCGCCGCAGGAUCGGACAAUCAAGAUGAACAAGGCAGACCAGGCAGCAGCGGGUGGCGCCACUGCCCAGAGAUCAGCCUGCUGCAGCACUUCUUGA